AAACACCUUAACAAGGAAGCUUCCGAACUGUGGGCGGGGAUAGUUAAUUCUUAUGAUUGGUGUGGAAGAUUUCAUAAAAGGCAUUAUUCCGAACGGUGGGCGGGGAAGUGUUUAAUUAGUCAAUAACUUAACAACUCAACCAGCAAGAGCCACCAACUCUUAUACUGUUAUAAAUAAAGUAACCCUCUCAUUCCCUCCACUACCUGCUCCAUUGUUUACAUCACGAGAAACAACGCCACGCUGAAAUCCCUUUUUUGUGUCCAUGGGCAGCAGCAUGCUGAGGCUAGUGUUGGGCUUGUCUGUUUUGAGUUGUGUGCUUGUGACAUCCUCAGCUCAAACGUGCAGAAACCAAACAUUCUCAAACAGGGUGUUUGCCACAUGUCGUGAUCUUCCACAGUUGACGGCUUACCUGCACUGGACAUACGACCAGGCGAGUGGGAGGUUGGAGAUAGCAUUCAAACACGCUGGAAUCACCUCGACCAACAGGUGGGUUGCAUGGGCCAUCAAUCCCAGAAACACCCUCGACCCAGCCAUGAUUGGGGCCCAGGCCCUGGUGGCUAUCCCUCAGUCAAAUGGAAGCCCAAGGGCCUAUGCCUCGUCCAUAACCAGCACCAGCACAACUUUGGAAGAGGGAGCUAUCAGUUAUCCCCUGUCCGGGUUGAGUGCUACGUUUGAGAACAACGAGGUCACCAUUUUCGCCACUCUCACACUUCCAAACGGGACCACCUCCUUUGUCCACGUCUGGCAAGAUGGCCCUCUCUCUGGAACUACCCCACGAGAGCAUAGCCACGAGACUUCCCACCAAAACUCCAAGGAAAUCUUGGAUCUUCUCUCUGGUUCCUCCACUCAGCCAACCGGAAAUUCACGCCAAAGAAGAAGAAACACCCAUGGAGUGCUAAAUGCUGUGAGCUGGGGCAUAUUGAUGCCAACGGGUGCCAUAAUCGCAAGGUACUUGAAGGUGUUCAAGUCUGCAGACCCUACUUGGUUUUAUCUCCACAUCACCUGCCAAGCCUCUGCCUACAUAGUUGGUGUUUCUGGAUUAGGCACCGGUCUCAAACUCGGCAGUGACUCAGAGGGUGUUGACUAUGACACCCACAGAGCACUUGGUAUUGUCCUCGUCUGCCUUGGAACUCUUCAGGUGUUUGCGCUGUUCUUGAGGCCCAACAAGGACCAUAAGUACAGAGUGUACUGGAAUGUGUACCACCACUUGGUCGGAUAUGCUACCAUAAUCAUCAGUGUCGUCAACAUUUUCGAAGGGUUCGAAACCAUAGAAAAAUACGUAGGGGAUCGCUACAAUAGCUGGAAGCAUGCGUACAUUGGUAUUAUUGGAGCAUUGGCUGGCAUUGCUGUCUUUUUGGAAGCUUUCACAUGGAUCAUAGUCUUCAAGAGGAGGAAGUCAGAGAACAAGAUUCCACACGGAGCAAAUGGUGCUAAUGGGUAUGGUUCUAGGCCACAACAGGUGUAGGAUACGAUGUGUAGCCAGAUAAAUAUUGGUUUCUUUUGUAAUUUUAUGCCUUUUUACUCCUAGACGUGUGUAUUUUAUUGUAUAAUGUUGAGGGUAUUUAAGGUUACUCCAGCUGCUUAGAGUCUCUUUUUUGAGGUAAUUCUUUCAUAGGGUUUUAGGUUCUGCUUUUAUCCAUACUGUUACUACAGGGUAUAGCAUUGUAUUGGUUUCUGUUUGAAGAAUUUUUGUAUUAAUUAUUUUUUACUUAUGUCUUACUUUUUCUACAUA